AUGAUUGGAAAGAAAGCGAAAGCUCUGGAAGAACUGAAAUUAGAAGCUCAAUACGGUAGCGAAUUGGAGCGAGAUGCAAUUCAAUUUGCAGCAAAAGAGCAAGAAGAAGAAAAAAUGCGCUCAAAACAAAUGUCUGAAUACAGUUCAGAAUUGGACAAACAGCUGAGAGAAAAAGCUCAUGAGAGAAUGAAAGCCUACAAAGAAUUUAUCCUUGAAAAAAUUGCAAUUGAUGAAAUUGUUCGUCAGAUUCAUGAAGAGGAUCAGAAAUUGAUUGAACAGUGUUUGGAGAAGCGUCGGGUACAAAUGGCUGAAAUGGAAGCAUUCAGGAAGCAACAGGAGCAAUUUCGCCGCGCAAACGAAAAGCGAAUUCACGAGGAAAAUGAGCGUAUUAUUCGAGAGAUUGCUGAACAAGAAAACAGGAAAGACACUUCAGCAAAAAAUAGAAAGGAACGUUUGGAACAACUUGAAUUAGUACAAGAGAGAUUGCGCGCUUACAUUGCAGACAAAGAAGCUGAGAGGAUUGGAAUCGAAAACCUCAGACAGCAACUUUCACAGGAGGAAAUGGAGUACGCGGCUUUGAAAACCGAUACAGACGAGUUCAGAAAAAAGUUGCAAGAACGUCUGGAACUCCAAAAGGCUCAUCAGCAAUCAAUAGCACAACGUGCAAAACGAUUGGCUAUGGAGAAAGAGGAGGAAGAGGUCUAUCAUCGACAGUUACUUGCUCAAAUGGCGAUUCGUGAUCGGAUUGAACAAAUGUCAGAUGAGAAAAGGCGUCAGAAGCAAUUAGAUCAUAGACGUGAACUCAAUCUUAUGAUUGAAAGGCGUGCUCAAGAACUCGUUAAACUUCGGCUUGAGGAUGAGGAUGCUCAAGCUCAGAUUCAACGUCAAGAAGAACUCAGAAGGCGAAUAGUUGAAGAAGAGCGAAAUCGAUUUGUCUAA